AUUAUUAGUCUAAUUAUGAAUGACUAGCCCCUUUGUAGCAUGAUUGUAAGCUGUAACUUUUGCUUAACUAUGUAGAAGUCUGACCUUAACUAUGGCAAUCCAACCUGCAUAUAAAUUAUAUAGUGGAGUGAGGAUCAUUUUGGUGAGUGUUGCAAAUAAUUGGCGUCUAAACCUUUUAUUUACUUCUUCUUCCUUCCUUCUUCCUUCUACCAUCUCUUUCUCUCCAAUCAGAUUCAUCAUAUCCAAUUGAAUCAAUCAAUCAAUCAAUCAAUCAAAUCGAUAUAACAUGACUGAAACCAUCAAGAAGGCUCGUGUCUAUAUCAAAAAUAUCAAUUUUGAAACUACUGAAAAGGAAUUAGAAGAAUUCUUAAAACCAUUUGAACCAUAUGGUGGUGCUUAUAGACCACUUGGUGUUGCUUAUGCUGAAUUUAAGAAUUCUGAAUCAGUUCAAAAAGUGAUUAAACAAUUGGAUGGUAAAAUGUUAAAGAAUCGUACUUUGAAUAUUAAAGAACAUUUACCUCUUGAAUAUUCUAGAAAGCAUUUUGGAUUUAGACGUUUCUUUCAAAAGGAACAAUCUAAGAAAGGUUCUACUGAUGAUGAUGAUACUACUACUACUACUACCACAAAACCAAAUGAAGUUAGUAAUCCAAUUACCUCCAAAUCAAAUAAUUUAGAAAAAGAUGAUGGUAAUAAAUUAUCUAAUGAUGAUGAGGAAGGAGAUGAAAAGGUUACUUCAGCUACUUUAGAUAAAUCAAAAGAACUUUCAACUGAUACCAUUUAUAUUCCUAGAGCUUAUUAUAAAGUUACGGAUGAGGUUAUUAGAGAUUAUUUUAAAGAUUAUUGUCCUUCUCAGAUUUAUAUUUAUAGAUCUAAAUUAUCAACUCAAGGUACAGUUGGAUUUCAUAGAGGUCAUGUAAGUGUUUUAGCUACUCUUGAUACUAGUGUUCAUUCAAUUACUGAUAUUAUUAAAGAUUUAACUAAGAAAAAAUUAGUUGGUAGACAUGUUCCAUUAAGAGUUGCUUUUAAAUCUAAAAUUGAAGAAGUUAAAAAGGUUGCAAUUUCAAAAGUAGUUAAUUCAGAUGAUGAUGUAUUAGAAAUUUCAAAUCCUCCUUCUUCUAUUAGUGUUGAUAGUAAAGAAUUAAAUUCUCCAAAGGAAGAUGUAGAACAUAUUGAAGGUGAAGUUGUUACUGAUAAUCAAGGUGAACAAGAAGAAGGUGAAGUUGGAUCAAGUUCAACUUAG